UGGGUAAAAAGCUGAGAGCUGUGCGUGGAGAGAGCCAGGCUCGCGCUCCUGGUCAUCGUCCCAGAAUGCUACUGCAGCUGGCUUAGGUUGCCGGCCAAGGGCGAGCUCUGAGUUCCCAGCGGGAAAGGCCUCUCCUGUAGAAGCACCUGAAAUGCAGGGUCUGCUGUGCUAAGUCACAGCAGCCACAGCGACAGCACUGGGGGCCUGUACAGAAACUCCACCCCACCUGUCCUUGUGCCCGCCUGCGUCCCCAGACCCAGAGGCAGUCGUCUUGGAAGAACUAGGACUCCAAAAAUGUUUCCGUUGAAGGAUGCUGACAUGGGUGCCUUUACGUUCUUUGCCUCGGCUCUGCCUCAUGAUGUUUGUGGGAGCAAUGGGCUUCCUCUCACACCAAAUUCCAUCAAAAUCUUAGGGCGCUUUCAAAUCCUCAAGACGAUCACCCAUCCCAGACUGUGCCAGUAUGUGGAUAUUUCUAGGGGAAAGCAUGAAAGACUGGUGGUGGUGGCUGAGCACUGUGAAAGGAGCCUGGAAGACUUGCUUCGAGAAAGGAAACCUGUGAGCUAUUCAAAAGUUUUGUGCAUAGCAUUUGAGGUACUUCAAGGCUUGCAGUAUAUGAACAAACAUGGUAUAGUACACCGGGCACUGUCUCUUCAUAAUAUCUUGUUGGACCAAAAGGGACAUAUUAAAUUGGCUAAAUUUGGACUUUAUCACAUGACAGCUCAUGGUGAUGAUGUUGAUUUCCCUAUAGGGUAUCCAUCAUACUUGGCACCUGAGGUAAUUGCACAAGGAGUUUUCAAAACCACUGAUCAUGUGCCAAGUGAAAAACCAUUGCCUUCUGGCCCAAAAUCAGAUGUGUGGUCUCUUGGAAUUAUUUUAUUUGAGCUUUGUGUGGGAAGAAAAUUAUUUCAGAGCUUGGAUAUUUCUGAAAGACUAAAAUUUGUGCUUACUUUGGACUGCGUAGACGACACUGUAAUUGUUCUGGCUGAAGAGCAUGGUUGUCUGGACAUUAUAAAGGAGCUUCCUGAAAAUGUGAUAGAUCUUUUGAAGAAGUGCCUCACCUUCCAUCCUUCUAAGAGGCCAACCCCAGAUGAAUUGAUGAAGGACAAAGUGUUCAGUGAAGUGUCACCUUUAUACACCCCCUUUACCAAACCAGUCGGUCUGUUUUCAUCUUCUCUGAGGUGUGCUGAGUUAACUCUGCCUGAAGAUAUCAGUCAGUUGUGUAAAGAUAUAAACAGUGAUUACCUGGCAGAAAGAUCUAUUGAAGAAGUUUAUUACCUUUGGUGUUUGGCUGGAGGUGACUUGGAGAAAGAACUUGUCAACAAGGAAAUCAUUCGAUCUAAGCCACCUAUCUGCACACUCCCAAAUUUUCUCUUUGAAGAUGGUGAAAGCUUUGGACAAGGUCGAGAUAGAAGCUCACUUUUAGAUGAUACCACUGUGACAUUGUCAUUAUGUCAGCUAAGAAAUAGAUUAAAAGAUGUUGGUGGAGAAGCAUUUUACCCAUUACUUGAAGAUGACCAGUCUAAUUUACCUCAUUCUAACAGCAAUAAUGAGCUGUCUGCAGCUGCCAGUCUCCCUUUAAUCAUCAGAGAGAGGGACACAGAGUACCAACUCAACAGAAUUAUUCUCUUUGACAGGCUGCUAAAGGCUUAUCCAUAUAAAAAAAAUCAAAUCUGGAAAGAAGCAAGAGUUGACAUUCCUCCUCUUAUGAGAGGUUUAACCUGGGCUGCUCUUCUGGGAGUUGAGGGGGCUAUUCAUGCCAAGUAUGAAGCAAUUGAUAAAGACACUCCAAUUCCUACAGAUAGACAAAUUGAAGUGGACAUUCCUCGCUGUCAUCAGUACGACGAGCUGCUGUCAUCACCAGAAGGGCAUGCAAAAUUUAGACGUGUGUUAAAAGCCUGGGUAGUAUCUCAUCCUGAUCUUGUGUAUUGGCAAGGUCUUGACUCACUUUGUGCUCCAUUUUUGUAUCUAAAUUUCAAUAAUGAAGCCCUGGCUUACGCAUGUAUGUCUGCUUUUAUUCCCAAAUACCUGUAUAACUUCUUCUUAAAAGACAACUCACAUGUAAUACAAGAGUAUCUGACAGUGUUCUCUCAGAUGAUUGCUUUCCAUGAUCCAGAACUGAGUAAUCAUCUCAACGAGAUUGGGUUUAUUCCAGAUCUCUAUGCCAUCCCUUGGUUUCUCACCAUGUUCACUCAUGUAUUUCCACUGCACAAAAUUUUCCACCUCUGGGAUACCUUACUACUUGGAAAUUCCUCUUUCCCAUUUUGUAUUGGAGUAGCAAUUCUUCAGCAGCUGCGGGACCGGCUUUUGGCUAAUGGCUUUAAUGAGUGCAUUCUUCUCUUCUCUGAUUUACCAGAAAUUGACAUUGAACGCUGUGUGCGAGAAUCAAUCAACCUAUUUUGCUGGACUCCUAAAAGUGCGACUUACAGACAGCACGCUCAGCCUCCGAAGCCAGCUCCUGACAGCGGCGGAGUCCGAAGUUCACCGUGUUUCUCUUCCGAGUGUCCAGACCCGCCAAAGACAGAUCUGUCCAGAGAAUCCAUCCCAUUAAAUGACCUAAAGUCAGAAGUAUCACCCCGGAUUUCUGCAGAGGACCUGAUAGACUUGUGUGAGCUCACUGUGACUGGCCACUUCAAGACACCCACUAAGAAAACGAAGUCCAGUAAACCAAAGCUUCUGGUGGUUGACAUUCGGAAUAGUGAGGAUUUCAUUCGGGGUCACAUUUCAGGCAGCAUCAACAUCCCAUUCAGCGCAGCGUUCACUGCGGAAGGGGAGCUCACCCAGGGCCCCUGCACCGCUGUGCUCCAGAACUUCAAAGGGAAGGUCAUUGUCAUCGUGGGGCAUGUGGCAAAGCACACCGCUGAGAAAUGGAAAAAUACAUCCUAAAAUUCAUUUGAAAUUAUAGUAACCCAGAAUAACCAAAACAAUCUAGGAAAGAAUAAAGCCAGAGGACUCACACUUCUCAAUUUCAGAACUUACUGCAAAACUACAGUAAUCAAAGCUGUGAUAUGGGCAUAAUGAUAGACAUAUAGACCAAUAGAAAUAAAAAUUCUGGAAAUAAACCUUUGCAUCUAUGGAAAAUGGAUCUUUUUUACAAGGGUGCUAGAAUCAUUCAAUGAGGAAAAAAUAGAUUUUUCAACAAAUGGUUCUGAGAAACUGAAUAUCCAAAUGCAAAAGAAUGAAGUCAGACCCUUACUUUCACUAUAUACAAAAAUUAACUCAAAAUGAACCAAGACCUAAAUUUAAAAGCUACAGUUAUAAAGCCCUUAGAAGAAGACAUGGAGCUAAACCUUCAUGACAUUGAAUUUGGCAGUGGUUUCUUAAAUACACCAAAAGCACAGACAACAAAGAAAAAAAUAAUUAAACUGGACUUCACUAAAAGUAAAAACUGUGCUUCAAAGAGCAUUAUCAAGACAGUUAAAGACAACCCACAAAAUGGGAGAAAAUAUUUGUAAAUCAUAUCUGGUAAGGAUUUAAUGUUGGAAUAUAAAAAUCGAUAUGUAAAAAUCAGUUGUAUUGAUGUUUACUAGCAACUCCUACAAUUCGACAGAAAGACAACCAAAUAAAAAAAAUGGGUAAAGGACUUGAGUUAGAUUUCUCUGAAGGAAAUAUGCAAAUAGCCAAUAAGUACAUGAAAAAAUACUCAAUAUUGUUAGUCAUUAGGGAAAUCAAAACCACAAUGAGGUAACCUUUUUACACCAAGUGUUGGCAAGGAUGAGGAGAAAUUGGAAGCCAGGUACAUCACUGGUGCAAAUGUGAAAUGAUGUGGCUUCUGCAUAGAACAUCUUAGCAGUUCCUUGAAAAAGUAAACAUGGAAUUACCAUGUGACCCAGCAAUCUGACUCCUAGAUGUCUACCAAAAAAGUACUGAAAACAAGGAGUCAAAGAGUUAUGGAUAAAAAAAAAAGAGUUAUGGGUAUACCAGUGUUCAUCACAGCAUUAUUGAGAAUGGCUAAAAGAUGGAAAUAAUCCAAGUCUCUAUCAAGAGAUGAAUAAAUAAAAUGUUGUGUAUAUGUACAAUGUAAUAUUGAGCCAUAAAAAGAAAUGAAAUUCUGAUAUGUGCUGCAACAUGGAUGAACCUUGUGAACAUUAUGCUAAGUAAAGUA